UCUAUCUUUUUGCUAUAGUAUUAAGGAAAAGAGGGGUAGAAAUUAAAUAAAAAUGGUGAGCGGCGGUGGGUGUAUUGACGACGAUAUAGUGACAGUACUAUGGACGGCGGAGCAGCUAUCUGAUAAGGUAGCCGAAAUGGCUUCUCAGAUAACACAAGAUUUUGAUGAUUCCAGCGAUUCGCCGGUGAUAGUUGGUGUAGCCACGGGAGCAUUUAUGUUCAUGGCUGACUUGGUACGGAAAGUAAAGCUGCCGGUGACGGUGGAUUUUGUGAGAGCUGAGUCCUACGCCUCUGGAACCGUUUCUUCCGGUUCUCCCAAAAUUUCUUGUGACGUUAAGCUCGAUGUUUCCGGCAAACACGUCAUUCUGGUUGAGGACAUUGUAGAUACUGGAAACACGGUUGCACGUCUCGUUUCAUACUUGGAAGGUAAAGGAUCCACCUCUGUUUCUGUGUGCACUCUCCUUGACAAACCAGCAAGAAGAGAGGUUAAUUUGAAGCUCUUGGGUGAUGGCAAGUUUUACAGUGGUUUUCAGUGCCCGGAUUCAUUUGUCGUGGGGUAUGGUCUGGAUUUCAACGAACAGUACAGGAACUUGCCUUACAUUGGAGUCUUGAAGCCUGAAAUAUACAAGUGAACAUGUCGAGUCAACUACCUGAAGACUAUAUGAUCUCCUAAACCAUUAUACAAAUGACUUCUAUCGUAUCUGGCAUCUUUUGUUCCGCAGUUCAUCUGUAUGCACUAUUCAAUUACAAGCCUAACGAUAAUUACUUGCGACAAAAUGAUAUGAAUCAAGAGUGUUAUGUUACUGUGAA